CAUAGAUACAUUUCAUAUUUUUGCAGUGCAUUUUCAAAACAAAAAUCAAUACACCUAAUUAGGUCAGUAAAUUUGCAGUUGCAGUAGUUGUACCCAUCCAACAUUAUUGAUUUUUCAGCAAAUCUGCUGUCGAAAGCUUCGGUGAAUUGAAGAUUACAAGCGAAAAUGGUUAAUUACAAAAUAGACCCAGCUACAAGAGAAUUCGUGAUGAAGCUAAUGGAAGAAAAAGAUAGAAUCGAACAUUUGAUUCGUGGUCAUUACGCCGUAUUAGCGUCCAACAAUGUUGGCUUAAAGGGUUCUUUAGUUGAUGCGCUAGGAUACCCUCGUGAUGACAUAGACGUAUAUGAAGUGAGACACGCGCGUCACAAGAUAAUUUGCCUACAAAAUGAUCACAAGAAAGUAAUGCAAUUGAUCGAGAGAGGUAUUGCUAAAGUUUACGAAGAUUUAAUUGACAGUCCAGGUAUCGACAGUGAAGAGAUAAACUCAUGCUUAAAUGGCUAUCCAGUAUUUAAGAAGGAUGAGACUGUCAAUGAUCCAACUUUUGCUACUAUCAGUUUUGUGGAUAAAGGUUCACCGGCUGAAGAAGCUGGUCUUCGUGCUCACGAUGAACUGGUCCAAUUUGGUUCAGUAAACUACAAGAACUUCAAAGAUGUCUCGCAGAUUAUGAGAAUUGUGUCACACUCUAUCAAUUAUGGCAUCACAGUUAUUGUUAGGAGGGAAAAUGCUGACCUAACCUUCGAGCUUGUGCCAAAACCCUGGGCUAAGCCGGGUUUACUGGGAUGUCAGAUACAAACAAAGAACACUUCUUAAUCUGUCGUAUUUUAAAAUAUUUUACUCUAAAUUUCUUGUAUAUUAAUGUAGUAGGUUUUGGAUUUCCAUUUACAUGUAACUUCUUUCAACUACACAUUACAGUCAAGAAUUUAAAAUCUUCAAGCACAAGUUCAUAUGCUAACUUGAUGUCUUUUACAGAAUACAUAGUGUAGUACACUAGAUGCCCAGAUAAUGAUCAAAUGAAAAUACAUCUAUACGUAUAUAUUAAAGAAGUGUAUUUAAAGAAAACAUUUAAAAAAAACGGGAAAAAAUUAUAAUGUGUUUCCUGAAGUCUUGAGUUGAAUUAUAUCUAUUGAGAAUAAAAAUCGAUUUCAGUUUGACUGUUUGUAGUUUAUGUAGGUAGUAGUCUAAAAAUAUUGAAAAGUAUAUUGUGUGACAAUGUCAGUGUCAGAAUGUGAGUUAAAAUUCAGAAAAAAGGGCGAUUUCUGUUUUUUAAAGUAUAUUAUAUUCGAUAAUAUAAAAGUUUAUGAUAAACAUUUUUCUAAGUAGCGAUCACAAUGAAGAAAAAGUUUUCUUGAGAUAUGAUUUAUCUCGGUGAUGAACUUCGAAAAUUGAUCAUUCAUAAGUCUAAGUAUUGUUCCUGUAUUCAGAAUGUGGGUAGUACUAAUAUAUUCAUUGAAUAACUAUUGGAGAAAUGAAACUUUUUAAACGUAAUUAAUAUUUAUUGUUCAGUAGAAAAUCUUUAUAAAUUAUCAACAAUAAAAUAUUACAUAAUCAUACACAUU